AUGAGCAACAAUAGUUUAAAGGAAAACGAGAAUGCUGAUGCAUUAGCUCAUUAUUCAAGAAGCUAGGUAAAAUUAUUAAAUGAAAUCGUUUUUAGGAGUUUAAGAUUACUUAUCAAAUUGAAGAAGCAUUAUUAGAAAUUAAUAAUGCUUUAAAUCUUUGUCCUCAAUUUGCCGAAGCCUAUACUUUUAGAAGUUCGAUCUUUUAAAUAUCAGUUUAGGUGAAUUAUAUGAGAAUUUGAAAUUAUAUGAUAAGGCAUUGGAAGAUGUAAAUUAUAGCAUAUCUAUCAAUAAUAUGAAUGCUAAAAGUUAUUAUUAACGGGGUAUUAAUUAGAUCUGAUAAUUAAAGCAACAAUUUAUUGGAGAAAAAAAAUUUUUGAUCUAGCAUUAUAAGAUUGUAUGAAGUGUGUUUAGAUUAAUCCAAACUUUGCGAUUGGUUAUAAUAGAAUAGGUAAUGAGAUAAACACAAAUGUUUAGGUACUAUUAUGGGAGAUUUGAAAUAAAAGGAUAGUGAACUCUCAUAUUACAAUUAAGCUAUAGAAAAAGAUGAAAACUGUUAUUAUGCAUUUAUGUGUAGAGGUAAUAGAAAAUGUAUAUUUUAAGGUUUGUAUUAUUUUUAUGAACAAAUGAUUGAUUUAGCACUUAGAGAUUUAAGUUAAGCUUUAUAUAUUAAUCCUAAAUAUAGUUUGGCUUAUUUUAAUAGAGGUGAAUACAAUUAAAUUUAAUAUAAUUGGCUAUUUAUAUUGCAAGAUUGGUGAAAAGGAUAAAGCAUUAAAUGAUUAUAAUAAUGCAAUCCAACUUGACCCAAAUGAUGCUAGUGCCUAUAUUAAAAGAGGGGAAUUAUAAUACACUGAAUAUAAUAGGCAUUAUAUAUAAGGAUAUUGGUUAAAAAAAUAGAGCAUUAAAUGACU